AUAAAAUCUGAUUUUAUGACAGGUUCUUUGACAUGCGUCUGUUAUUCCAAAUUGUAAUUUUGAUAUACGUUUUUGAAGACUCAAUAUGUUCAUUUGCAAUACAAAACAUAAAUGCAAAGAACCGACAAGAAAAUGCGAUAACAAGAAAUGUGGCAACUGUAGCAAAUAUUGAAGAUGACGAUACGAUAAUUCGAACGCAAUCGACGCCUAUUGUUCAGUCGACAAACAACGAAAACAGAGCUAAUAAAACGACAAAUCCAUCUUGGAAUUCAACUUGUUUGAAUGAUAGAUUUCGCCGUGGAAGAGAAUCAAUUUUAAAUUAUCUCCUCCGACUUCAAUUGUGUGAUCUUUUAGAUGGCGGUCAAAGGUUACCAAACGCUUGUGACACAAAGAAAGAAGCUGUUACAGAAUAUUACAACGUUGCUUAUUUAAAGUUUUGUCAUAUAUUUGUUUAUGAAAACGUAUGCGCGAAAGAAAUAAAAAACUGGAGAAAUGUAGAUCCAUUUUUGAAAGAAAAUAUAAACAUACGUUCCGAGGGAUCUGGAUUAGACUCAAUAUCUUUACAAAAUUCUGGCAACGCUGCGUCUCUGGAGAGACGAGUUACCAAAUUUUUCCAUGGUCAGGACUUGGGAUUGAUAAAUCAAGCAUGUAAAAGUAUCGAAGACUACAUGGAGACGUUGAGUCGACAUGAAGUGUAUAAAAACACUGAAAAAAGUUUUGAAUUCAAUCUGAAAGCAUCGGCGUACUCGGAAAAAUAUUUUGAAGAGGGUGUCAAAAAAGACAAUGUCACCGUUCCUGUCGUUCUAUUCGCUGAAUGGUAUUUCCCGAUUAUUCCAUUUUGUGAAGCGUUUACGUGCGGAAUAUCUUAUGAAAAAUAUUUGGAGGAACCUAUGACGGUUUACAACUGUAUGCCGAAAUAUUGCAGACCGAUGGUAAUAUUCAGCAUUGUUUUUGAUGCUAUUCUCGCUGUUUUGAUAAUCCUUGCAAACAGCUUGGUGUUAGGCGUUGCUGCACGUACAAAAAUCAUGCGAAACAUUCCAGGAUACUUUAAAAUAUCACUUGCAUUGGCAGAUAUCGUCGUCGGAGUCUUCGUUUUGCCUACAUGUAUAUUUACAACGUAUACUAUGUACAUCGCCCCCUUGCCUUUCCGCUACCCAGGACAACGUCCUAGUCUCAGCGACUAUAUGGUUCGGCCUCUGAUAAACUUUGUGGGUUUUUUCGUCGUUCUAUCGUUCGCUGUGUCCAUAUAUACAAUGGCUGUUGCGAGCAUUGACAGAUAUCUGGCAAUAACAAAGCCUUUUCAGUACAGGCAAGGCGCCUAUCUGACCAAAAAACGUUGUGCACUCGCCUUUGCUCUUAUUUGGUUUAUCGGAAUCCUUGUGGCAGUAUAUCCUUUCUUUACGAACGAACCAUACAGUGUAUCAGCAUUCAAUCUCAUUCUCUCUGCUGGGAUCACAUCCUCCAUUGUAUACGCCAUAGCAUUACUCGUCCCACUAUUGGCGGUAUGGUUUUUGAAUGGAGCUAUGUUGAGGCAAGUUUGCGCUGAUGGGGAAAAGAGACGAAGCAUCAGGGCUACAUCUGUUAUAGAGAAUUCUGCCAGCCCCCAACAUUCAUUAAAAAAGAGACAAAGUUCAAGUUCAAACUCUCAUAUAGAAAACGAAAUUGACAGCACAAAUGAAAAAGCAACAGACUCUCCUGUUACAACAAUUACGGAUUGUAAUAUGGGAAUUGAGACUUCGCAAAUUGAAAAAAGAACUGUGACGAGGAACGUGUCAACAUCCAGCGUUGGUUACCAUAAAAACGAGAAGCGUACGAGUGGAACUGUGGGAGACGGAAUUAUUGAACGCAUGAAGCGAAGUAGAGGCAGGAGGAACAUUUCUUCAGCAUUUCAAAAAAAGCCAAUUUCGAGACAAUCCAGUAUUCCUAAUUCAGCUGCGAGUGUAGAAAGAAGACUUGCUCGAACUCUAUCAAUAAUGAUUGGAGCUUUCACCUUGGCGUUAAUGCCAAACAUAGCAACGAUGAUUGCUAACGCCGUCGCAUCUGGUAACAAUUCUCCCAAAACAUCAGUUCGGUUGGCGUCAACUUUAUAUGUUGCUUCGCGUAUUCUGCUUUCAAACUCAUUUUGGAACUGUAUUAUAUACAGUAUACGAAAUCGUCACUUUCGACGAGCGAUGUGGGCAAUAUUUCUGUGUAAAAAAGAAAAAAUUGACCGGAAAUUACGUCAAAGUUUGUCAAUGUCUCAAUGGAAGCGGAGAAGUGCAAUGGGGUCAUCUAGCGGAUCAAAUUCACACGAUAAACUCCCAGUAUCAAAGACUAGUAGCACGGCUUCUAGCUAUCAAGGUGGUGAUUACAGACGAAGUACUAUGAUGUGGUCGCUCGCGUCUAAUUCUCCUUGUCCCUCUAGAAAAGGAAGCUCUGACGUAUUAGGACAACGGCCAGCAGUAUCUCGAAGUAUUUCUACUGGUACAGAAGCUAAAAAACCAACAGGCAUUUUGAAAAAUCCAAUCACAAGAAGUGAGUCUGCACCAGAAUCAGUACAAUGCACAAAGUUAAUCAUUCCUACUGUCACUGUUGACACGAUACAAGAACAUGCUGAUAUUGCGGAAAGAUGAUAAAUUAAUCGCGUGAACGUAUGCUCGUGCGAAACGGUCCGAACGGGAUAGUAUGGUGGCAGGCAAUGAAGGUCAGAGUUUUGAAGAUCAAGUCAAUUGUAAUUCAGAUGUCAACCAAACCGGAGUGAGUAUUUCAAGAUAGAUGUUUAUCAUUUCAAACAUUCCGCAAUAGCCUACCUCGCCGACUACCAGACUACUGGUGUGGACUGCAUAUCCACGGAACUUUUGUCUUGUCAAAAACAAAGUACUGGUGUUUGUCCUAUGGUAGUUGUUUAGACGAUUUGGUCCAUACCGUGAAUACCUUAUUCAAAGUAGUCAUAAUUAAAUACAUAAUCUACCUGAAUUCAGCUUAAAUAUCGAUGCACACCCACUGCAUAUAGCCGUUGUACAAACCCAUAGCCAUGCUAAGUUGAAAGCCAUAUGAAAAGGAGAUUGCCUUUUAUCGGACACGAAAUGGCCCAAUGGAUAGUUUUAUAAUUGUGUUUUUGUUGUGAAAAAAAUGAUUUUCUCUUCUACGGCAGGAACAAUUGCUUUAAAAUUCCCAGUGCUGUCGCUAGAAGGGCAUUGCUUUUAUUUAUUUCACAAAUAUCUGUUGGUUCUAUGAGAUUCGUUUUUUACUUCGAAGUUUUGCAUGAUGGCGUCAUAAAGAUUAAAGAUUGCGUGCCGUGGUUCCGUGAUCACAUCUCACAUUUGAGCAUUGCUCUCUUGUUUUUGUACGAUAUCAGAUUAAUUUGAAAUUGGUGCUUUUUAUAUAAAAAUCUAUGUAAUAUAAUGCUUGAUACCUCGCAAUGUGACAAUGUGGCGAAAUUGCGACCAAGAAUUGUAGAUAUAGUAAAAGUUGUAUAUUUCUAUGUUAGCGUCAACAAUAAAGUGCGAUAUCGUCUUUUUGUGUUUUUGUAUCAGGAUUACAGAUUUAUGACCCAGUUGGAAUAUGUGCAAACACAACUCUGCAAGCGAGAGCAUUGGCUAUUGGAGUAAGGAAAGCUUUUGCCCUUAGUCUCCUAUUUAGCCCGAUAAAGUCAAUACAUUUCCUGGGUUAUGUCUGCAUUUUUCCAGCAUUGAAAAACUGGUAAUGGUUUUUGCAAAACAAUACUCUCCAUAGCCAUUUAUAGCACGCUUUUAAUGCAUUAAAUGAUGGUUUUAUCUCUGCUUGAGUUAUAUCAUUAAAAUACUGCACCAAUACUGAGCGAGUAAUAUGUCAACAAACAUUCAUUCAAAUAUACUGAAACAGACUGAAAAUGUUUUCAAUGAA